UCUAUCUAUCUAUCUAUCUAUCUAUCUAUCUAUCUAUCUAUCUAUCUAUCUAUCUAUCUAUCUAUCUAUCAGCGUGCCUCCUGGAUAGUGGUGGUUAGGAUGUCGCUCCAUCCACCCGUCCGUCCGCCAGCGACAACUGUCGGUGCGUCCCGGUACUGCAGCGGCGCCUCCUCCUCGGUGUGACCGUCCCACCGCCGUCCGCUGGAGCCGCUCUCAAGUUCACAAACCGCUGGCUGUGUGUGGGUAGUUUGGACUGGUGGACUGUCCCACUGUGUGACAGACCGCAGCCUUAACGUCGUCUUUGCUUGCUGUCGUGCCUAGGAUGGACUCUUCACUUCAGCUUCAAGUUAUGUUUUAUGACAUUUAAACUUUUUUUUUGUUGUUGUUGUCGUUCUGGCUUUGUUUCCCUGUCCAGUGAUUUUUUUUUUUUUGUUGUUGUUGAUGGCGCGGUCUAACCAAGAUGGACACGGGUUGUCUGCCGGUGUGAGACCAGAUAACGACUUCACCCACUGAAUGUAGACUUUAUUUAUUAUCUGCUGGGAAAGGGGGUUCUGUUCUAGUGAGCGGAUGUAGCCGAGCUGGGCCGAUUACACCCCACAGGUCAAAAAUCCUAUAAUGAACAUUUUCCCACUGGAGUUUCGGUGAACUUUUUUUUUUUUUUUUUUUUUUUUUUUCCUCUUUCCCACGACUUGAAAUGUCGGGAGUGGUCCGCACCCUGAGCCGCUGCCUGCUCCCGGCCGAGGCCAGCCGGGACUCGGGCGGAAGCAAGGAGAGGAGCCGGGAGAGGGACGCGGCUCAGGAGCGGGAGGCGCGGCGCAGGAGCCGGGAGAUAGACGCGAUGCUCGCCCGGGAGAGGAGAGCCGUCCGGCGGCUGGUGAAGAUUCUCCUGCUCGGGGCCGGAGAGAGCGGAAAGUCCACAUUCCUCAAACAGAUGCGCAUCAUAAACGGGCAGGAGUUUGAUCAGAAAGCUCUACUGGAUUUCCGGGACACUAUCUAUGAGAACAUACUGAAGGGCAUGCGUGUGUUGGUGGAUGCCCGGGACAAGCUGGGCAUCAGCUGGCAGAGCUGUGAAAACGAGAAGCAGGGCAUGCUGGUGAUGUCGUGGGAGGGACGCGUGGGCGCCUCCGGGGUCGAGCCCAGCGAGUUUCAGCUGUACGUGAUGGCGCUCAGCGCGCUCUGGGCGGACGCCGGCAUACAGGAGGCCUACGCGCGGCGCUCGGAGUUCCAGCUGAGUGAGUCAGUCAAGUACUUCCUGGACAACUUGGAUCGUAUUGGACAACUGAACUUUAUCCCGAGCAAACAAGAUAUUCUGUUCGCGAGGAAGGCGACGAAAGGGAUCGUGGAGCACGACUUUGUCAUCAAGAAGAUUCCGUUCAAGAUGGUGGACGUCGGGGGGCAAAGGUCGCAGAGGCAGAAGUGGUUUCAGUGUUUCGACGGGAUCACGUCAAUUCUCUUCAUGGUGUCCUCGUCGGAGUACGAUCAGGUCUUGAUGGAGGACCGGAGGACAAACCGUCUGGUGGAGAGUAUGAACAUCUUCGAGACCAUCGUCAACAACAAGCUCUUCCUGAACGUGUCCAUCAUCCUCUUCCUCAACAAAACCGACCUGCUGGUGGAAAAGAUUCGCACGGUGGACAUCCGAAAGAACUUCCCAGAGUUCAGAGGAGACCCACGCAGGCUAGAGGACGUACAGGCGUUCCUGGUGCAGUCGUUCAGUCGUAAGAGGAGAAACCGUGGGAAGCCACUUUUCCACCAUUUCACCACCGCGGUAGACACAGAAAAUAUCCGCUUCGUCUUCCACGCCGUCAAGGACACCAUCCUGCAGGAAAACCUCAAAGAUAUCAUGCUGCAGUGACCUUCGACUGGCGGACGAUGGCUUCUCUGACUCUUAACUGUGAAACCAGCCGUGAGUUUAGGCUCGGAGGACUUCUGAGAAGGUCUCCGUCGCUGUGACACUACAGCCCCCCUACUUAAACACUGACCCGUGGAACAGUCAGCUGACCCACACGGAGUGGAUCAAACUAAACCUGUGGUGCCAUGAAGUGGCUCUGGACCCGUCUAGCUAUGCUGGCCCCUGUGGAAAACCCCGCGUUUAACCUGUGCAAAUGUAUAUAACAAAAAACAAAAAAAAAAAAUGUUGAGGAAAGCACCAACUUCAUGACAUGAGCACUGAAAGUGUUUUUUUUUUCUCUGAGACUAAUGACAACACUGUCACUAAACCAAGUCAGACUGCUGACUAUUAAAAUGUAGCUCAAGCAGAGCAAGAGGCUGGAGGGAGCGAGUCCGAAGGAAGAAAGAUCGGAGGUUCAGAGCGAGCUAAAAAAGAUCGCCUGGUUUUAAAAAGUACACGUGACGGAGGGAGAGGGAGAGGGAGAGGGUUUGGGUCUGUACUGGUCAUAUGCUGUGUUGUGUGAUAAGGUUGCACAAGUGUUCCUGUCAAUGAACUUUAACGGAGGAAAAGAGACAAAGCUCUCUUAUGGUCCUGUCACACACUCCUUCCCUCCUUCUCUGUUCUCUCAUUCCCACCGUCACAUAGAAAAUGUACAGUUGAAGUCGUCUUCUUCUAUUCUUGUCUCCACGACAGACAGAUUGUUCAGCGCCUUGAGUAGAUGGUCAAAUUAGUGACUCAUAUUGGUCUUUUAUGAUUUGUGUCUAGCCCUGUGCCUUCCUUUCUUUCUUCUCACCAGCAUCCCAGUGGCGAUACCACAGUAACCUAGACUCAACCCCAGGCACAUUAUAAGAAUGUAAAAGGCGGCCUUUGGAUACAGUUACACUGCUUGUUCCUGUUCUUUUGUCCUGUAAACGUGAAGGGAGCUCCGGAAAAUGACAGGGUUGAACUGUAAAUGACCUUAUUCCCGUGUUCCUUGUGACCAUCUUGGACUUCUGUAGUGGUCGGGGUGGGCAGACUUCCCAGAAGUAAAACAUCUAAACAGUAACAAGUGACCUAAACAAGACAAGCUGGGAAAAAAAUAAAAUAAAAUACGGGUGGUUUACUGGUAAUGUCCUAAUUAUUUUUAGAAGAAAAUAGAAAAAAAAACUUCUCCAAAUCCAAAUACCUAUUAAUGCAGUAUUUGAUUAUUAUUGGAUACUUGUUAACUUGUUUUACUUCAUUUCACUUAAACCUAAUAUGUUUAAAUUUGGACUGUUGAGCUUCAUUUAAAGUGGAAACAUUUGUAUUUUUUAACAUUUAAACUUCAAUUUUAAAGCAGCACCAUUCAUUUAUUUUCAGUAUGUUCUUAAUAACUACAGGGAAAUUUUGCUCAAAGCCACAAUCUUAAGCAGACUCCACAGAUAUAUAGGUAUAUAUACGUACGCCCUGGUUUUAGUGUCUUUCAGGUCGUUGUUUUGGUUUUCACAGCCUGCAGCUUUACAUGAUUUCUCAUAGCAGAUUUCAGCUGCUUUCAACCACAACAACAACAACAACAACAACAAAAAAAAAAAGCUUACCAUAACCCACCAAACCGCUGAUAGCUAGCAGGUGAACACAGUGGAAUAUCAAAGGGUGGAGGCCAAAAACGGAGCUAAAAGAGAGAACUUUAACCUCCAACCAACCAAACUGCAUGUUCACAGCUGUCUGCACUUCCCCCAUGUGGCCGAAACUGCCUCUCAAUAAUCACAUGACGACCACAAAACAAAAGGCUAAUUCCCCAAGUGGUGUAAUAGAGAAUAUAAGUACAGUUUCUAUAGCUACUUUCAUUUCAACAUGCACUGAUUUAUGUAAUAGUGGCUGAACGUCAGGACAGAGUGUACGUCUGAGACGUUAUGACUUUAAUGGAAAAUCCAACCAGAUCCAAAUGUUUCCUACAGCCUUUAACUCAUCUACCUUCCUAUAUGUUGAGACGCGUAAAAUGAACUGAUCAUCAGGAGUAAGACACAGCUGGGCUGUUCUGAACCCCCCCCCUCGAGUAUGAAGUCCACAUGGCGUCACGGGGAACAAACCACAAACACUUCCACACGCCUUAUUAUAAUACUGUAUUAAACUGUGUACUCUGUACGUGUUUGUGUUCAUCGCGACGUUGCGCACGCUCAUACUUCCUGUACAUUGAAUACUGUAGGUAUGUGACUGACACUGUGUGUACACCUUACAAUACAAACACCGCUCUGUCUAACGGUA